AUGGGUAUUGAUCACACUUCCAAGCAGCACCAGAGAUCUGGUCACAGAACCGCUCCAAAGUCCGACAAUGUCUACUUGAAAUUGUUGGUCAAGCUUUACACCUUCUUGGCUCGUCGUACCGACGCUCCAUUCAACAAGGUUGUCUUGAAGUCUUUGUUCUUGUCUAAGAUCAACAGACCUCCUGUUUCCGUCUCUAGAAUAGCUAGAGCUUUGCAACAAAAGGGUGCCGCUAACAAGAUUGUUGUCGUUGUUGGUACCGUUACGGAAGACGCCAGACUUUUCGAAUUCCCAAAGACCACUGUCGCUGCUUUGAGAUUCACCGCCGGUGCCAGAGCCAGAAUCUUGAAGGCUGGUGGUGAGGCUAUCACUCUAGACCAAUUGGCCGUCAAAGCUCCAAAGGGUCAAAACACUUUAAUCAUCAGAGGUUCCAGAAACGCCAGAGAAGCCGUCAGACACUUCGGUUUCGGUCCUCACAAGCGUAAGGCUCCAAGAAUCCAGUCUACUGGUAGAAAGUUUGAGAGAGGUAGAGGUAGAAGAAAGUCUAAGGCUUUCAAAGUGUAA